AGCAAUCGGCGUUUGCUCUUCUUUAUUUCUCAUUUUUAGCAAAUUAUUAGACAUAUUUUUACGUUUAAAAGUCCUUGUAGAAACCAUGUUCGAUACAACUAAAUACUUUCCACGUUCGAUUGAUUCGGAUCACCCUUCCCAAGAGGAGCCCAGUGAGCCUCCACUUUUGGACAUCCCGGUAACCUAUGAUAUGGUCCACAAUCUGGAAGGCAAGUUUUUGGAUAAAAGUGUCAUGGAAGAAGCGUUAGAAGCUGAUCAGGAUAUUGAUACUGAGGAUAAACAAAGCAUAGAGACCGAUUUCUCUACAACUCCCCAAUUGAUGAUUAUAUUUGAGGAAGGGGACAUCAAUAGUGCCCUGCACUUUCUAAUUGAAUCCGUCCAUAAUCCCUUUGCCCCAAAUGCAGUAGCUAUGGUUCUGGUGGAAGAGAAAAUUCGCGAGGAGAUCGUCAAGAGAAUCCGGCCAAAGCUCCAUCCCCUUUGUGAAUCCGUGGCCGAACAUCCAAAUUUUCUGGCAGCAUUGGAAACAUUAGAGACAUCCAAUCUGGACUGUAUUAGAGCCGACAUUACAGAGGUGGCCCCACCGCUGGCCUCGCCGAUUUUUGUUUGCGAAUGCACCCAUGAUGUGCUCGGCGAUUUCCCAACUGGAGUCAUAACAUUUCACACAUUCCGCAACAGCCAGGAGGCCAUCGACAUUUGCCAGCGGGAAACCCUGCCCUUCGCAUCCGUCUCAGUUUGGACCGAAUCCCUGGACUGCUGUUACGAGCUGGCGGUGGCUCUCAGCUCUCCCACUUAUUUUCUGAACUGCACGAACGUGGAUUUGUCACCGAUCUCCAGGCAGCACAAGGCCAAGCUAAAUUACGCAUUGAUUGAAAACGGAUUUCAUUUCGAGACCAUGCACAUCUACAAUCAGUUUAAGUGCAUUGUCUUCCCCAUCGGCGAAUUAAUUCUGCCAAGUCCCGAAGACCCGAAGGAGGUGCCAGAGCCCACCUCCUUUUUGGAAUCUUAGGAUUACAAAAUCUUGUUUGUUUCCUCAUCAAUAACUUCACUUCCCAGCCAAAUUACGCUGCCAAAAAUGUUUGCUCAAUACAAAUUUAAAGUUAUUUUUGGGGGUUUUUAUGAUAAUUGACAUUGAUGAUACGAUCGAAUAUGAUGGCAGCUGUCAGCGGUAAUAACCAUAAUUCUUUUAUUUCGGAUAUCGAUUUUUUGGGUCGCGUUAAUGAACGCAGAUUAUGUAAAUUCAGGUUGCAAAACAAGUCGACUGAAGCAUGACUAAUUUUGGCUUGGAGCGAACUGUCACUUUAAGUUUUUCAAUACUUGGUAUAUUAAUGCUUUCACAAACUGGUUUAAUCUCUAGUAAUUAUUUGAUGGAUUUGGCACUCCAACUUUAAACUCCGCUUUGGUUAGGCUAUAGGCGAUCUUCACUGCCCAUUUCCAAACCGUUAAAACCUUCACGAUGCUUGGGUGUAUAAAUUUACGAUCGCAAAGCAUUCAGGAGUCACCACAAGCCGGACUGUUCGCCUCUGUCUCAUAAACCAAUCUCUUUAUGGGAGGCUGAUGGGAGUGUGAGUGACGCCAACUCGUCGCUUUCUGGCACUUAAGGUGCGAGUCCAAAAAUAAAGCCACGCUCAUCAAUGCGAUUAUCAGUUUUGGUAUUUUUUCUGCCCUGGAAUGUAUUUUGCAUAAAUCUUCCACCGAAUGUCUGGCCGAAUAUGGGGAGAGGGCUCAUCAGGUGCAGUCUAACUGCAGUCACACCCUCCUGGCAGACCCAUCCUGCUUGGCCGUUGGGAAAUUCAUUAUAAAAUGCGGUUUGAAUUAUUUGUCAAAAUGUCUGGUCC